AUGAACAACCCGAACCAACCCCAGCAGCAGAUGGGCCGACCGCCAAGUUAUCGCCCAACCAGCCCAAUGGUGCAACAUGGUGGUCAACCUCCUCCCAUUAUGACAAACCCUCCAUACAACCAGCCCGGUGUUCCUCUGAACGGCCCGCCAGGCUACCCUAUGCAGCAGCAACAGAUGGCACCCAGCAUCCCGACAAGUUUGUCGAAUGCUACCUACCCGGGGCGCAACCCCGCGGUCGAGGUUGAGGGCGCUGGCCGUAGCAAGGCCCAGUUGAUCGUCGGCAUUGAUUUCGGUACCACGUUCUCGGGUGUCGCAUACGCGUUCGCGACAAACAACGAGGCAAGAGAGGACAUCAUUACAGAAUGGCCAGGUGCCGGAACACACACAAAACAGAAGAUUCCCACCGUUCUUUACUACGAUCAAUACCAAAAGGUGGUAGGAUGGGGUCCCGAUAUCGCCGACGCGCUCGCGCCGACCGGAUACCCCAAGCCCUUAGUUCAAAAGGUUGAGUGGUUCAAGCUGCAGUUAAUGCUCUCCGGAAACACAUAUAUCGAUCCCAUCAACCUUCCCCCUCUGCCCCCGGGCAAGUCCGAAAUCGACGUCGCGGCCGAUUACCUCUUCAAAUUGCGACAGGCCAUGCGCGCCCAGCUGCUCAAGACUCUAGGAGAGGUGUUCACCCGCGAGGAGCGCAACAUCCGGUACUACCUGACGGUACCAGCUAUCUGGAACGAUGCAGGAAAGGCCGCGACGCGAACUGCAGCUAUCCAGGCUGGGUUCUUGCGCGAUGAGAACGACAACCGUCUCACAUUAGUCUCCGAGCCCGAAGCAGCUGCGCUAUUUUGUGCCAAGAGCGGUUUGCUCAACCUCAAGGUUGGGGAUGCGAUCUUGAUCGUGGAUUGCGGUGGUGGUACCGUGGAUUUAAUCGCAUACGAAGUCGAAGAAGAAUCGCCUUUCAGUGUUAUGGAGUGCACGGCUGGCUCUGGUGACUCCUGCGGCUCUACGGCAUUGAACCGCAACUUCAGCAAUAUCUUGCGAGCCAAGAUCCGCAAGAUGAAGCUGCCAGAUGGUUCGCGGACUGCGGGCAAGGUCUACGCGAAGUGUAUCAUGGACUUUGAGAAUCGUAUCAAGGCAGACUUCCGCAACAAUGGACAAAAAUGGGCUGUGGACGUGGGCAUUGAGGCCGACUUCCCCGAUGCUGGUAUCGAGGAGGGCUAUAUGACCUUUAUGAACGAGGAGAUUCUCCAGUGCUUCGAGCCAGUUGUGAACCGCAUUCUCGAAUUGGUCCGCAACCAGAUCAUCGCUAUUCAAGCGCAGAAUCGUGCACUCCAGAACGUUCUGGUUGUCGGAGGAUUCGGUGCUUCAGAAUACCUCUUCCAGCAGAUCAAGCUUCACGUGCCACCUCAGUAUCAGACCAAGGUAGUGCGCCCCAUGGACUCCGUCGCCGCAAUCGUCAAGGGUGCGGUUACCGCAGGUAUCACCGAGCGAGUCAUCACCCACCGUGUCGCGCGUCGCCACUACCUGAUGGCCACUCUCCAGCCGUUCAAGGAGGGAUACCACCCAGAGCAGUACCGUGUUCCAAGUCUGGAUGGUCGCGACCGAUGCAAAUACACACGUCAAAUAUUCGUCCAAAAAGGAGAGCGUGUCAGGAUUGGCGAGCCAGUCAAGGUCAGCUUCUUCCGUCAGGUCGCACCUGGCGCCACACUCAUGUACGAGGAUGUGCUAUACGCCUGUGAUGAGGAUGUCUGCCCUGAAUACACCAAGGAUCCUCGCAUCAAGGAAGUUGUCACCUUGACAUCCGACCUCUCGCGAAAGAACCUAGAGACCGAUUUCGAGCGCAUGGACACACCCCAAGGAAUUUUCUACCGAGUCUACUUCGAUAUCUACCUCACGCUAGACGGCAGUGAGUUUAGUGCCGAGCUAGUAUGCCAGAACGAAAUUAUGGGCCGCUGCCGUGCCAAGUUCAGGUGA